UUCUUCCGGUUUGUUUUGUACUGUGACCGCGGUGCGGCGCUAUACGAUCUUUGCUGUGACUGUGUAGUGUAGGUUUAGCCUAUGUUGGCCUAGGCCUAGUUAGAAAGUGUUAACAUACACGUAGUUAUUAUGAGUGGUUACAAUUCAGUAUGAAGGAAGAUGCAAAAAUAUCAUCUGGCAACUCUGGCGCUAAUCAAGUAAAUGACCAUUUUCCUCAAACGAUUGGAAAUGGAUUUGCAAAUCUUGCUCUGGGGCCCAGUUCAAGAGAGUUUAGUCGAGCCGUUUCGGAGUGGGUUUGGCAAUACCAAAUGCAUUAUUUUUCACACACAAAUGUUCUUGGUUACAAUGACUUUUCCACUUCAGGUGUUCAUUUGAGGACAAAUGUGUCUACCACUGGCAAUAAUACUCAGAAUGCUAAUAUAACUUCACCGAAUUCUUCCGUAAAUGGAAACCCUAUUUUGGCCAACAACCCACCUUUCCUAGCCCCACAACAACAUCCAUUCCAACAACCACAGAUUCCCCCUACUACUACAGGUCAUCAUGGUCGAACCGAUAGCAGCCAACAAAAUGCCGAACAGUCUGCUGGUCAAGAGUAUACUGUUCCUUCUUUGCACCGAAGACUGUUGGCAGAAUUCAUAGACUUUUUAUUCUUAUUUACUAUGAAGCUUGUUGUAUCUGUGUUCAUCAUUGAAUAUGUUGGUGUUUCAGACACAGCAAGUUUCAUGAUGAAGUUUCUUGUAGAGGAGCUAGAUGAACAGGCUACAAUGGAAGAUCUCCAGCAGAUGUUGUUCAUGGCCCUACUGUAUCGAUUUUUUGUAUGCAUGUAUGAGACAAUAUUUGUGAAGACGACUGUGAGGUUCGGAGGUGCUACCCCUGGCAAGUAUUUCAUGGGUCUGCGUGUGGUUACUUGUGAUAGAGUGCAGAAUAUUGGUGGUAAUAAAGUGAUCAUCCAACCUGCCGGCAAUGUCAGCUUCACUCAGUCAUUCCUUAGGGCUUUCAUCAAGAAUUUCUCAAUGGCAUUCUUCUUUCCCGUAUGUAUUACAGUGUUUUUUAACCCUAGUUUUCGAGCUGCUUAUGAUGUUAUUUGUCGAACCAUGGUAGUGUCUGAUCCUAACUGGCCACAGAAUCUUAGACAACAUCGAAGAAGAUAGUUUGUGAUACUUAAUCAAUUUAGGUGCUAAUUGCUUCCUAAAUGUGUUUUGAAAUAUGUUUGUAAAUAUUUUAACAAGAAUAGUCUGUAUUUUAUUUUACCAUAAUGUCAAAGUUUGUAGUGUUUAUUAAUGUACACACCAAUAGCACACUUAGGACAGGUUACACAGAUGUUGCUGCAGAGCACUAUGGGAUUGCUCAGGAGACCUAACAGCAAAUGAAAACCUUUGAACUAUGGUGUUCAACAUUAUGUUUUUGCAAGUACUGUAGAGUAUCUACUAACAUUUUGUUUCAAGUGUUAUUAUUAAUUUGGUAUGAUUACAACAAGAAGCAAUAUUUUAAAUAUAAUGCCACUAAAAGCAAAAAUAUUAGAAAAGAAUGAAACCAUUAUUCCCCAAAACCAUUUUUUCAAAACCGCUGUUACAAACAAGAAUCAUGUCAAGAGACACAGAUAUUGAUUUGAUUUGAUUUAUUUAAUAUCAACUUAAUAACAUCACAAAACUGGAAAAACAGAAUACAAAGAAACAACAUAGAGAAAACAGGUCAUCAGUGUUGAUAUCUCUAAAUCCCAAUAAAAGAUAUAUUUCCAGAGUGUUUUUUUUUUGUACAAUAUUGGUGUGGUGCUGAGAAAAGAUCCCUGCAGUGACCUUAAUUAUUGUACUAUUGAAUAUUUUUAAAAUUAUAUAAAACUGUGUUGCAUAAUUUCAAAUCUAUACUCAAGGCUGUGACAACGUGAGGCACUAUAUAAAUCCAAAAUGAUCUACAGUACUUGCAUAUGUCAGGACCACUGAUCUGUACUAUAAUAGCAGGAUUGCUCAUGGGCUCGUUUUAGUGAGGCCAUCAACGCCAUGUUGGAGGGCCUAAAUGACGUAUCUGUUUAGACAAGUUUCUUUUGGUAUUUGUUUGAAUUAUUUUUUUAUUUUUUUAUUUUUUUUUUAUUCAUUUCAAGACACAAUGAACAUUAACAGUUACAAAAACGAGAAAAAAAAAUACAUUAUAACUGAAAUUAAUACAAGAUGAUUCGAUUUGAUAUAAAAAUAAGUAUUUAAAAAAUUAGAGAAACAAAACUAAAAUAAAUUAAACUAAACUAAACUAGAGAAUGAUUUGUUUGAAUUAUUGUUAAAAAUAACGAUUCUUGAAAUAUUUUUUUAUAAUAAAAUUACAUUUAACUUAAUGAUUAUUUUUCAAAUCAUCUAACCACUUGACUUGACUGUUUAGGCAAUUUUAAAAAGGGCAAGAAGUUAUUUGUGUUGUUAGUGAUCGACGUCACUGUAACAACGCGACUUCGCCUGCGCUUUUGUAAACUGCAUACUGUAAACAAUCGCGUCGAGCGGUUAGAUGAUGUGAAAAAAAAUCUUGCGUUAAAUUUAGAUUUAUUAUUGAAAACUAUUGCAAGAAUCGUUAUUUUUAACAAUAAUUUAAACAAAUGCAAAAAGAAACUUAUCACGUAUACGCCCGCCAAUGUGGCGUCAGUGGCUUUUUGUACAAGGAUUCAAUCCAGCUACUAUAGUAGAGAUCAGUGGUCAGGACACAAAGAAAAAGGAAACCAUACUUUAUUUUCACCCAUGUCAAUGGACCUUUCCCAAGUGUCAAUCAAACUUAGCAAUUGACCAAUCAGAACAGGGCCAGGAAUACUGGCGUUAUAACAACCACACGUGUUUUCCCACAAAAACAUGUGUUUGUGUAUGUUGUAACACUGUCGUUUUGUGGGACUUCAGCAACAAUAUUCAUUGGGCAGGGCUUAGUGGAAAGGUCCAUUAUACGUGCCUACAGCAAGGGAUGUACAGUACUCUAUAUGUAAAUGUAAGUCAUGAGUAGCAAAAUAAAAUGUAUUGUAUGGAAAUGCAAA